UCCUCACACCGCCACUAUCCCACAGUGCCCCGCGUGGUGCCGCUCUGUCCCGCCGCUCUCCCUCCGCUCUCCCUCCGCGCCCCGCGUUGCUGCCCGGUGCAGCCAUGGCGUACCGCGGGCAGGGCCAGAAGGUGCAGAAGGUGAUGGUGCAGCCCAUCAACCUGAUCUUCCGCUACCUGCAGAACAGAUCCAGGAUCCAGGUGUGGCUCUACGAGCAGGUGAACAUGAGGAUAGAAGGCUGCAUCAUCGGUUUUGAUGAGUACAUGAACCUGGUGCUGGACGAUGCUGAGGAGAUUCACUCCAAAACCAAGUCCAGGAAGCAGCUGGGUCGGAUCAUGCUGAAGGGGGACAACAUCACCCUCCUGCAGAGCGUCUCCAGCUAGGGCGGGGCCAUUCCCGCCUGGAAAACCGGGAUGAGCCGGAGGUGGAGAUCCCUGUGAUCCUCUGGGAAUUCUGUUUUGUAGUUCGGGGUUUUCUUUUUGGGGGAAUAAAAAAGGUUUUUCAUUAAA